CGUUUGUCAUUUGUUCUCGAUUUUGUAACGUUGGAAGUCCGUUCACCUCUCUGAAACGACCCCACCAAAGUCUAAUUGAAUCCGGUAACGUGGUACGCAUGCGUCUCAGAUCUUCUGGCGAGAGUACCCAUUUUGGUCACACACACUAAUUAAAAACAAUGGCUGAUAUUGAAGACACUCACUUUGAAACUGGAGAUUCAGGAGCAUCUGUAACAUACCCUAUGCAAUGCUCAGCUCUUCGAAAGAAUGGUUUUGUAAUGCUUAAGUCUCGUCCAUGCAAGAUAGUUGAAAUGUCUACUUCAAAGACUGGUAAACAUGGACAUGCUAAAGUUCAUCUUGUUGGUAUAGAUAUAUUUAAUGCCAAGAAGUAUGAAGAUAUAUGUCCAUCUACUCAUAAUAUGGAUGUGCCUUUUGUUAAGAGAGAGGAUUAUCAGCUUACAGACAUUUCAGAUGAUGGGUACCUCUGUCUGAUGGCUGACAAUGGAGAAUUGCGUGAAGACUUAAAAAUUCCUGAAGGGGAGUUGGGUGCACAGCUUAGAGCUGAUUUUGAUGCUGGAAAAGAACUACUGUGCACUGUGUUGAAAUCCUGUGGUGAAGAAUGUGUGAUUGCUAUUAAAACUAAUACAGCAUUGGACAAAUAAUUAAAGGCUGUGGAUCAUGGAAGGAAAGCGAUGGUUAAUGCUAUGAGUACUAUCAGGGCAUUUGUUGGGCGUGGUAUUGUCACUGUUCCAUACGCUAAAACAAUUUACUCCAAAAUUAAUGUAGCUAUUGGACUCAUGUUAUCAAAGCUUGUUUAAUUUUGUGAUUACCCCCUGGUGUAAUAAGCAUUAUGUUGAAAUAAAUUUCAUGAUAUUUGUUAUAAAAGAUUUUACAAGCUACAGGCCUCAGUCCUGAAGAAUUGUAACUUGAUAUCACUGUACUGCUGCAAUUCCAUUCCAUAGUUACUGCCCUGCUAUCAAGGAUUAUUGAAAACAUUGAAAUGUGCUUUUAACCUUGAGGCCCUAUUGUGAACUCGUUUUCUCGAGUAUGGAGUAGUAGCAAAUGUUAACCUGCUUUAACAGUACAAAUUGGUAAUUUGUUAAUAAGAUAUCCACAAGCUUAGUUGAACAGACAUUGCUGUGAAAGAGUAAGGGAACAGUGAAGGAACAGUUCAUUUAUUUGGAAUAUAAAUUCUAUGCAUCUGCAUACCAACACAUUUUGUGCAGCAAUCUAUUGUGCAUCACAUAAUCCCUUUCUGAAACUGAAUAAAACAUUUCAUAACAUUUUAAA